AUGGAACGGGAAGAUGAAACGAUUCUGUCCACUUCUAUUGACUCUUAUUUUUUGCGAUUUUUAUUAUUUGAUUUGAAACCAAAUAAUUUAUUAAUUGAUCGUAAAGGAGCACUAAAAAUUGCCGAUUUUGGACUGUCCAAAUUUUUUGGUUCACCAUCGAGAGAUAUGACACAUCAAGUUGUAACAAGAUGGUAUCGUUCGCCUGAACUACUGUUUGGUGCAAAAAAAUAUGGUACAGGCGUCGACAUGUGGGCCACAGGAUGUAUAAUGGCUGAACUAUUAAUUCGAACUCCAUUUUUAGCCGGUGACUCUGAUUUAAAUCAGUUAUUGAAAAUAUUUGAGCAGUUUGGCACACCAACAGAAGAAAACUGGCCGGAUGUAAAAAACUUUGAUGAUUAUAUUGAAUAUAAACCGAUAAAGGCUCAACCACUUCGACAGCGGUUUACAGCAUCGAAUAAUGAUGAACUCGAUGUAUUAGAACGUUUAAUGCAAUUAGAUCCAAAACGACGACCAAAUGCGAGUGAGACUUUGAAAUUAGAAUAUUUUUCCAAUCCUCCUGCACCAUGUUCAUGCGAACGAUUGGUAAAAGAUGUUCAACAAGCACAUUCCGAUCAUAAACGAAAACCUUUAGAAGAAAAAGGUGGUCCAGCUAAAAAACGACUUGCAUUCGAUGAAUAA